GUGAAAUCUUACAUGUAGGAGUGUUAUACUCUACAAAAAUUUCCCUUUCAUUUAUUCAGUUCUUUCACUGCCUCACUCAUUUUGCUUGAGCAUCUCCACGACCGUGCCUGUGCUGGGCACCAGGAUAUAGCCCAGAGAAAGUCAGCAUCUCUGCCCUCAUGAGCUCACAGUCGAGGGCUGCACUGUCCAUUAUGGUAGCAGCUUGCCACGGUGGCUGCUGAGCUCUUGAAACAUAGCUAGUAUGACCGAGGACCUGGAUUUCCAAUUUUAUGUAAUUUUGAUUCACUUACAUUUACCUUGACACGUGUCUAGUUGCUGGUGUAUUGGAUAGCACAGUCCUAGAGUGGUUUCAUUAGGCAUUUCAAAUAUUCUUGUGGCUUCAGGAGGGAGCUGCAGAUUUCUUCUUCCUUUUGUCUGGACUUAGUGAGCACCAAGAGGACAGUGUCUGAGAGCCUCACUGGUGACCUAUGGGAAUUAUGUGGACAUUAACACAUGGGGUUCUCAGUGGCUAGGGAGUCCUGCUCCAUGCUGGAUUUUGUCCCACAGUGCCUGCCUGAGCCCAUGGGGACAUUCUUCUGAGGUGCAUUGAUUUUCCUGGGCUUGUAUUCUCAGAGAUGUCCUUGGGACUGUCUAAAAUGGGACUGAUGGUCAGAGGCUUGGUUGGGUCACAGGGAGAGCCCCCAGAGGUCACCUGUUCAACUCCCCCAUUGUGUGGCUGGGAUGCUAGAGGCCCAGAAACCUGGGUGACCUUGCCAUUCUCAUGGCAACCAAAGUUGAGCUGUACCAAGGGACACUCUCUGGCACCAAGGACAUCUGUGGGUGGCUGGUUUCCCCAGAGACUCUGAGGUGUGUGUGAGCUGGGCCAGGCUCACCAAGUACUGCUAUACAAGGCAGCGAACAAGGCUAGAGUUUGGGUCUGACUCCACUGCUACCCCGAGGUGUGACCUAAACCUCUCUGGUCCCCAGCUUCUUCGUGGGUAAAAUAAAGAAGCUGGAUUAUCUGAAGAUGAGAAGUCCUUUUCCACUUUAGCUUUAUGGUCUACCUAUCAUCACAUCCUUACAUGGAUGAGAAACCAAGUUUCACAGCGCUUGUGAGUGGCAGGCAGGUCGUCAGACUCCAAAUGUGUGGUGUUUCUGUCUUGGGAUGGGCUGUCUGUGGGUGCAGUCCCCCCAAGGUGUCUUUGGAUUCUUUGGGCUGAGUUAUCCCCUGGAUUUGCUCCCAGGGGUCCAUGGGCUUGCAGGGGGAGGUGGGGCUGUUAGAGUGGGCUGUGUUUUCUGCCUGGGUUCCCCUCCAGCCUGGGGUGUUUGUGAGAACAUUGGAAUCACAAAGUGGCCCCUGGCGGAGAAUGCAGCCAGAACAAAGGCGCCCUCUCCCCGCCAGGCCAGGGGAAUACUAACUAGUUGACAGGAAUUUUAAUAUAAAACUCUCCCUCUUCCUUGUCAUUCGGAGGUUUCAGGAAGCCUUCGGGCUUAUCGUGCAGAGGCACACAGCACAGACAGGGCUUGGGGAGGUGAGAGGUGACUUCCUGCCAUUCUUCUGCGGGGCGGGCUUCCCAGGGCGGUCAUGCCAGGCUGACAGGGCGCAGAGCGGGCUCCCGCAGCUGGGGGGUAGAGCUGGGUUUUCAUGGGGCAGCGACCGAGUCGGGACCCGCAGCCAUGAACCGGUUCAAUGGGCUCUGCAAGGUGUGCUCGGAACGCCGCUACCGCCAGAUCACCAUCCCGAGGGGGAAGGAUGGCUUUGGCUUCACUAUUUGCUGCGACUCUCCCGUCCGAGUCCAGGCCGUGGAUUCUGGAGGCCCAGCGGAGCGGGCAGGGCUGCAGCAGCUGGACACGGUGCUGCAGCUGAACGAGAGGCCUGUGGAGCACUGGAAAUGCGUGGAGCUGGCACACGAGAUCCGGAGCUGCCCUAGCGAGAUCAUCCUGCUCGUGUGGCGCAUGGUCCCCCAGGUGAAGCCGGGCCCUGACGGCGGCGUCCUACGACGGGCCUCCUGCAAGUCCACGCAUGACCUCCAGUCACCCCCCAACAAACGGGAGAAGAACUGCACCCAUGGUGUCCAGGCCCGGCCAGAGCAGCGCCACAGCUGCCACCUGGUGUGUGACAGCUCAGACGGGCUGCUGCUGGGUGGCUGGGAGCGCUACUCGGAGGUGACAAAGCGUGGGGGCCAGCACACCCUGCCUGCACUCUCCCGGGCCACGGCCCCCACUGACCCCAACUACAUCAUCCUGGCCCCGCUGAACCCUGGGAGCCAGCUGCUGCGGCCUGUGUACCAGGAGGAUGCCAUCCCUGAAGAAUCAGGGAGCCCUACUAAAGGAAAGUCCUACACGGGCCUGGGGAAGAAGUCCAGGCUGAUGAAGACGGUGCAGACCGUGAAGGGCCAUGGGAAUUACCAGAACUGCCCAGUCAUGAGGCCGCAUACCUCCCACUCAAGCUAUGGAACCUACGUCACCCUCGCCCCCAAGGUCCUGGUAUUCCCUGUCUUUGUUCAGCCCUUAGAUCUCUGUAACCCUGCCCGGACCCUCCUACUCUCAGAAGAGCUGCUGCUGUACGAAGGGAGGAACAAGGCUGCCGAGGUGACACUGUUUGCCUACUCGGACCUGCUGCUCUUCACCAAGGAGGACGAGCCAGGUCGCUGCAAUGUGCUGAGGAACCCCCUCUACCUCCAGAGUGUGAAGCUUCAGGAAGGUUCUUCAGAAGACCUGAAAUUCUGUGUGCUGUAUCUAGCAGAGAAAGCCGAGUGCUUAUUCACUUUGGAAGCGCACUCGCAGGAGCAGAAGAAGAGAGUGUGCUGGUGCCUGUCGGAGAACAUCGCUAAGCAGCAACAGCUGGUGGCAUCGCCCCUGGAGAGCAAGAAACUCCACCCUUAUGGCUCUCUCCAGCAGGAGAUGGGGCCGGCCAACUCAACCAAUGCUACCCAGGAUAGAAGCUUUACCUCAUCAGGACAGACUCUGAUUGGCUGAGCAAACCCAAGGGCAGGACUCUGCUUCUGGCAACUUAACCCUUUCUUGGGCACCCCCUACCACACAGUAACCUCACCUCAACUGGACCCAAAAUGGAGGACCAAGAUGGUGGGCCUGGCUGGGGUCAUCUGAAGGGAGUGACCCCACAGGCAUGUGUGGAUUGGCAUCAGAAGGACCACAGUGGUGUGAGAGGCCCUGUGGGCAUGUGCAGACUGGCUUCAGAAAGUGCCAAAUGGAGAAGACUCAGAAGCUUAUUCCCUGCAAGGAAGAAGGCGGACAAAUAGCACCUGAGUUUCCAGUGCCUGCCUUGGGGACAGCAGGAGAGGUUGGAAGAGGUCAGCCCUGAUGGAGAACAAUAAUGCCAUGAUCCCCUGCUGCCAGAAGAUUCCUCCACCCAUUCACUCAUUUCUCAUCUGUACUCAUUCACUCAUUUGUUCAUCCAUUCAGUGGAUAUUUGGGGGCUAUGUUUGCCAGGCUCUGUGCUAGGGACUGCGGGUGCUGUGGAGAACAGGACGUGGUCUCUGUAUUUACCAAGAUAUCAGUCCUAGGAGGGGAGUGAGCCUGAAUAUAUGAAUAUUGCAAAUGAAUCAAUGCAAGCACACACGCACACAUGUGAUUGAUAAUCUAUGAAGGACAGAACAGAAUCCUCUAAGAAAAAAUAAUAUUUAGAUUGCUGUGUGAGUGGGCACAGGGAAGAGUAUAACUUUUAAGCUGAAAGCUGCAGGCCAGAAAAGCUAGCUAGUCAUGGACUUUGGAAAGUUCCAGACAGACAGGAAAGCCUGUGAAGAGUACCUGGGAUGGGGAGGGCUUGGCAUGCUAGAGGAAACAGACCUGGGGCUGUGGCUGGAGUGCUCAGGACGAGGGCCAGGGGCAUGGGGAACACGCAGGGCUGUGGCAGUUAUUCUAGAUUCAGUGGGAAGCCACUGAAAGCUUUUGAGAAAGGGAGUCACCAAGUCUCACAGGAACAUCUCUAGAUCAGAGAGCCCAAGGAGAGAGGACCCCAUGUGGGGUGAUUAAUUAGGGGUUCCUUCAGUCCUCCAGGUGAGGGUUGAUGGAGGCUCAGGAGGUGGGCACAUGAAUGCUCAGACCCUGGGGCAUGGUGGAGAUUCUGGAAUAGAUGAGAUCAUUCCCAGUUGCUCUACUCCACCUUGCCCUCAUCCUGUGUCUUGAUUUCUCUGUGGAGCAGGUGAAGUCUGGGACUUUCCUCACAGAGCCCUCUCCUCAUCAGGCCCGACUAGGGACCAGUGCUGAGUUCUGGAAUUGGGAGUUGGGAUCCGUGGGUGCUUAGUCUAGUCAUUGUGGGAAAGUUCACAGCCCCCAGGGCUCAGCAGGGCUUAUAUGUGCUAGUCCUCCAUCCCACACUGGCUGGUCUGAGAGGAAGCUGGAGCACACAGCCCUCUGGAAACUGAGUUGGUUUGCUUUCAGCAGAGCUCUCAGCAGCAGACACAGUGGGUAACUGCCAAGACCUAAGGAAGGGAACCCUAAGGCCACAGAUGUGAAUAGCAUAGCUCACACACAGAGUGAGUAGCGUGAGGGUCACUAGCAUUGAAAAGGGGGUCAGGGAGACUGGAGAGGUGGCUCAGGCCAGAAAAGCCCCUAACCACAGACUCUCUGGGUGGUGUCCUGUGUGGCCUCAGUGUUUUUAGAGAAGGGUCUUGUGUCCUGAUGAGUUUGUUCAGCGGCUGUGGCCACAUGAGCCCUCAAGAAAGGAGCCCCAGAAAAGAACGCAUCCCUCACCUCCACUUCUCCUCGCAGCCUAGGAGAGAUCAGAGGGGUGGCCAUGGCAGCAACCUAACAGGAUGGGAUGUAUCUUCCCUCGACCAGGCCAACACCCCCACCCGGCAGGGAAGUGGACUUGGCCUGAGGCCUGAACUGGGACCAGCGACACAGCAUCAGUGAGCCAGGACUCAGCCGCAGGGUUAAUUGUGGGAGGCUGAGCAGCUGGGUCUGCACAGAGAGAAAGCUGCACUUUGAUUUCAUUUGAUUCCCUCCCGAAAUGACAUUAAGAAUGUGAACACAGGAGAACCGCCUGUCUGGAAAGGCAGCAAGCUUGUCUCUCCCAGACCCGAUGAGCUGGCUCUGUCCGCCAGACAGGUGCAGAGGACAGGCGCACUGGCCCCAGGGGAAAUGGAGACUGUGGAUGCAGCACCCAGCUCUGGGGACACAGUGGAGGCAGCAGCGGCUUGUGGCAGGGUCCCAGGCCCUGGCUGCUUGCUGGGGGUUUGGACAUCAGCCCCUGGAGGGUCUGGCCGGUCUUCCCCGGGACUGUGGUGAGCCACAGUGCCAUUGCUGUUCUGCCUCUCCAAUCGAUGGAACAAUUAAUUUGGCUCCACGGACUCGAGAAGAUGAAAUAUGACCGGGUGGCCACUGCUCUUCAGCAUCCCAGUCCAUCCAGCCGUCCAGGAUGAUGAACAAGCUAUCGAGAUUGCAUUUGAGAGUCAUAAUCACGGGAAACACAGCCAGCCCCGCCCUCCCCAUAAAUCAUGCUCAGAAGCACACACAAUGGUCUUUUUUCCUGAUGGGCCAAUUGUCUUGGUUUGGUGUCUUGGAGCCUAGGAGCCGGGAGGAUGGGAACACAACUAUUUAUUGUUGAAAAGGCCAGCUGUGUGAUUUGAAUACAAAGUGAUCCUUUCAGUCCCCACCCCCAUCCCCACCGCCACCCUCUGACCCCAUUUUCAUAUUUUCUUGGGACCCAGGCCCAGGGUCUUUUGAAAUUCUCCAUCUCUCCUGUAGCAGUCAUGUCUGGGUCUCUGCUGGCCUGGGUCUUUUGGCCCUUUGGGAGUUGGGACCUGUUGGAAAUAAUGAUGACAUUUAUUUACACACGUCUUGGCUGUUAUUUCUUCUUCAUUUUUGACUCUUACAAACUCUCACCAAAGUUCUUUAUUUCUCAUACAUAACACCAAGAGAGUUCUGCAAAAUGAAGGUGCACAUGCAAUUUCACAGGGUGGCAGGGUCCCCCACAGUGAGAGCAGGGGCUUUGGAGGUGGCAACAGGGCGGGGAGGGCAGGCAUUAUCACCCCUAGAUCUCCCGCCAGUCUCAUUUUAUGGAUGAAAAAGGAACUAAGAUUCAGGGCAGUUCCGUGAUUUAUCCAAGGUCACACCGCUGGUAAGAGCUGUGUCCUUAAGCGAAGGCCUUGGAAUCAAAUCCAUUGCUCUUUCCAGAUGCAAAGAUUUGCCUUUUAGGGCUGGAAGUAGAGAAAUCAACCCUGUCUUCUAGGAAGAGGAGGUUACCCUUGCGCAGAAGCUGCGGUCCUUGUUCAAACUCUAGAGAGGGUGCUUUUAGGGCAAAUAUGAUGAGAUGUGUAUUCUCCACCCGGUGGAGAAUAAACUUGAAGAAUUCAUGUUCCUGAGGGGCGGCAUGGUCUGGCAAGAUCCAUAGCUUCACACACAAUUUGAAAAACCUGAUAUAAAAGACAAGCCCCU